CUUUUGUUUAGUUCUUUGUAUGGAUUAUGGUGGUAUAGGUUGGGAUGGCUUCAAAAAGGUGAGACUUUGACUGCGGUGAGAUUUAUUUUUGUCUAUACGGAAUAUAUUCAAGGAUAUGUUUACGCCUGUACAUACUUCGUUGGGGGCUUUGUUGCUCUUUCAAAGCUCCGCGGGAUUGCUCUUGCAUAAUGGGGCGGUCUUGGGUAUUUCUUCGCUCUUGUCUGGUGCGGUUCUGCAUCCGACUCGAGAGAAUGUGUCUAUUAUGGUAGGAUUGGCAUCGAGCGUCGUGCCGGUGGCGCUCUUCAUGCCGGCUUUGAUGCCGUCGUAUCCUCCAGCACCGAGAUCCUGGCUAUCCCUGGCGUCCACGGUGGGCACCGGGUUUCUGCUGGGCUGGGGUACCAAGAAUGGUAGAGGCUGCACGUCCGGCCACAUGCUCUGUGGUAUUUCCCGAUUGUCGCCACGCUCGUUCAUUGCUACCGCAGCCUUCUUCACCACGGCAUUGAUCACAGCCAAUUUUGUCACUGGGGGACACAACAUCCCCUCGUGUGCGGAGGGAAUACCCUGCUACAUGCCCGUCUAUCCAGCGACAGCGGAGCUGGUCUUCAUGGUCGCCACCACUGCUCUUGCGUUCGUGACGAACUUUUUCGUCGUACCCCGAACGCUUGAUCGAUCGGACAAAUCCAGGACAAUCUUUUCGUAUCUGGCGGGCCUGGAAUUCGGCAUGGGGCUACUGUUUUCCGGAAUGGCCGACCCAGUUAAGGUGUUGCGGUUCUUCGCCUUCCUCUCCGACCCGUCGCGCUUCGAUCCGUCUUUGGCACUCAUUAUCCUCUUCGGAAUCGGCCCGUCAUUGAUGACCUAUUUGUCCAUAAAGCCAGGACAGCAGACCGAGGCCACACGGUCAAAACCCACUCUGGCGGAGCGAUGGAAGCUGCCUACUGCCACCGUGGCGGACAUCGACUGGCGCUUUGUCGCCGGUGCAAUAGCGUUUGGCCUUGCCUGGGGAUUACGUGGCGUCUGUCCGGGCCCAGCGGUCCUGCGCACGGUGUUGCAACCAGCUUGGGGUCUGGCGGAGAUGACUGGUUUCAUGCUUGGAAAUCUGGUGUAAUUGGUUUGGGUAUACCAGACGGAUCUUCGUUCACAAGGCCGUUAGACGGCCGCCAAAGCCCAUUC